GAUAAUUGGCUAAUCUUAAAAUGGCUCGCAAGAGCAGUUAGCGUAGUAUUAAUCUAUGCAUGAAUGUUGAUUCCAUCUUAGAAACUUAAUUGCGUACAGUAACAAACCAUGACCGAAACGGCCAAAAGCCCAAUCAAAACUCAUCCAUUACAAAGGUUUACUGAGUCACGUUAUUCUUUCCCAACGCUAGAUGGCGAGAGCUAUUUUACAGUUGCUGUGGAAGAGCUUCUUUGUCACGUAUCUUGUUAGUGGUGUGGGGGAAGACGUCACGGAAGGCGAGGUUAUCUUGGAAGAAAUAGUUUACUUCUUGGGUCUCACUUUUACAUGGACAUGUUGCUGUUUAAUGUCAUCUGUUACACACUAAGAAUUCUGGACGUGGAGACACUACUUUCAUGUUCGCUAUGGUGACUUUUGGUUUUACACUUGUAAGCUGCAUUGGAUUCUGGGUUUGUGGCAUUCAGUUAAUCUAUGCAGAGCUGCUAUUAAAGCCUGCUUCAUCUCCUGUCAUUCAGGACAAGCCUUUUGUUGUAGUGUGGAACAUGCCAACAGCAAGAUGUCAAUGGAAUUAUGGUAUUGAUCUACCUCUGGGAGUAUUUGACAUUAUUAAAAAUAAAGGUGAUCAUUUUAAGGGGCAAAAUAUGACCAUCUUUUAUAAAAACAAAUUUGGCCUGUACCCUUAUAUUACUAAAGAUGAUGAGAUAGUAUAUAAAGGUGUACCUCAGAGAGUAAACAUGAGGGACCAUCUUAAGAUAGUCACUAGAGAUGUCAAAUCCCUUCUUUUUGAAGACUUUAGCGGUCUGGCCGUAAUAGACUGGGAAGAGUGGCGACCCCUUUGGGCACAAAACUGGGGGCUGAAGAGAAUAUAUAAAGAAUUUUCAAAGUAUUUAGUGAGGACAAGGCAACCAUACCUAACAGACAGAGAAGCGACACGUGUUGCUAAGAAGGAGUUUGAAAUAGGAGCUCAGAACUUUUUGCGUAAAACACUGAAAACUGUAAGGAGACUCAGGUUUUCAGGAUUGUGGGGUAUGUAUGGAUUCCCAGAAUGCUUUAAUUCUAACUGGAGAAAGGUGCGCAGAUAUACAGGUCACUGCCACAAGGAAGAUAUUCAAAGGAACAACCAGCUGGCCUGGCUUUGGAAGGCUUCAUCUGCUUUGUACCCGAGCGUCUACCUCCAUAAAAAUCUAAGCUCCACAGAAGAAGCUUGGAAGUUCGUGCACUACAGGGUAAAGGAGGCCUUGAGAGCUGCAGCAUUUGGGUCACCCAGUGCAUUGCCGGUGCUACCGUACUCAAGAGUUGCAUACAUGCACUCACCAAAGUAUCUGUCAGAGAUUGACUUAGUUCACACAAUUGGGGAGAGCGCUGCCAUGGGAACGGCAGGGGUUGUCCUGUGGAGUGAUCUCAGUUUUGCAAAAUCUGUUAGACGUUGUGAAUCCCUCCAAAACUACAUCUGGAAUGUCCUGGGUACAUAUGUCCUCAAUGUAACCACUUCCAUGCAGCUGUGCAGCCAGAGAUUAUGUGGUGGCAAUGGUCGAUGCGUGAGGAAAGAAGUAGACACACCUUCCUACCUGCACCUGAACCCUGAAAGUUUCAGGAUAACUCGUGUUGUCACUGGCACCCAAGGGGAGCAAGAGUUGUCUGUAGUUGGAGAACUUCUUGAGACGGAUUUUAAGAAAAUGAAUGAAGCCUUUAUGUGUCACUGCUACAGAGGCUGGCAUGGAGCUCACUGCCUGAAAAACAGCGUUCAUAGUUGAUGCAGUGCAUCAUUACAUUCUAGAUAAUAAGCAAAAAAACCACAGAAAAUAUUCAAGCAGAGUAAAUUAUUUUACCUGAUGUUAAAUAUUUGUGGGAUAGGUGCUCAAAGAAUGUAAUACAAGCUAAUUUCAUACUUGUCUUCUAUCAAUUUGCUUGUCUGUAGAACUGCACUUUUUUUAGGAUUGCAAAAAAACUUUUGUCUUUAUUUCUGUAGAUCAGCCAUUUGGUAUCAUGUGGGGAUAUUAUCCCUGUAAAAGUGGAAGGCUUCUUUCAACUUUUUCCCAACUUUCAGCCAUAAACUUCUUCAGAUAGACACAUUUUUUCAUACUUUUAUGCAAAUAUUUUUCCCACUACUGUUGCUUAAUCAUUUUCAGAUGUUUCCAUACUUAGUUUACACUGUUCUCAGGAUGAUUUUUUUUUUGUCACCAGGUAGAUUGGACACAUUAAAUUGUCCAUAGGUGCGAGUGCACAUGGAUGUGUGUGUGUCUGUGGUAAGGAAGAAUGACUCUGGCAGGUCUAGCAAUUUGGUGGUGUGAACACUGGCUCUAAGUGAUGAUCAUUGUUGAUCUGAUACCCCAACCAAAUGUACAAAAUGGGGGGGGGGGGGUUGAUGCUGAAGUCCCUUUGGAAUGGUAAUGUUUGCUGUGUCCACUGGGAGUGGUUCAAUCACAGAAUUUCCAUCAUAAAUUAUAAAACCUAUGCCAUCAAGCAGUCCACUAAGAUGGGUAGGAGACCCUGUUCAUUAUAUAACUGUGGUAAUUUGAGAGCUGUGAGCCAAAAGUUAAUUUGCUGAUUACUUGCAUUCAUUAUGUCCUUGUUCUUAACAGCCAAGUAUGUAGUUGGGAGUGCACCAAUUCUCUGUGCCUUCUUUAUAGUCAUUCCUUUAUAUCCAUGAUUAAAUGGUUCCAGUUUAUAGCUUAUGACGCAAGGCUGUUGUUAACUUCUCCACUGCUUUCUAUGCUGACAUUGAAUUCACAGGUUCCAUUGCCAUGACAGGAGCCUGUUUUGUAGUUAGGCAACUCUAGUGUCUCAUGCUAAGCUUGGGCUGUCAUUUGUCCUGAGGUUUGUCUUUGACAAGGAUUCUUACAAGGAG